CAAAGGUCAAUGUUUUAACAAGAAGAGAUUGUUUUUGUAUUCAAAGCUCUCCGAAUGUAAAUUGUGAACCGAUAUUAACGAGUUUAGAGUCCAACGACCCAUGAGCAGCCUGCAGAACCACUUUCUAACUCACCUGCAAUUCAUCAAGCACAAAGUGAACACACCUGUAGAGGUGCUUCAUACAUUUGGAGGAGCUUUCUCCACAUCAUCCCAUACAAACAGUCUAACACUGAAGAGGACAGACAGCUGCUCGUGUUCGACAACUGAAGAAAUUUAACAUUUGUUAAUCAAAGUCAGAAUGGACGGGACUGUGUUUGUGAUACUCCUGCUCACAGGUUUCUGCGUGCUCUCCACGUCCUUUCCAAACGUCUACUACUUCAUCAGCCAGAAGAUGACUUGGGAUGAUGCACUAGCCUACUGCUCCUUGGAGCACACAUCAAUGGCCCAAAUAGUUAACAAGGAAAACGUUACAGCGAUGAUGAACACUCCACCUGAGGGGUACACGGGCAAGGCCUGGAUCGGACUGUUUGAGAACAUGUCAGAAUGGACCUGGGUGGAUGGACAACCAGCCACGUAUUUCAAUUGGGGAUUUGGUCAGCCAGAUGACGUUAAUAUUGAUGAGAUCUGCGUGGCCAUGGAUCCGGAAGGAAACUGGAGAGUUGUCAGCUGUUCAGAAAAGAAGGGAUAUGUUUGUCAUGGUGGUGACAACUACUUUGUUGGUCACAAAAGGAUGACUUGGAAUGACGCCAGAAUCCAAUGUGAAAGCAAAGAGGACGUUCUGGUCACUAUCUCUAACACGAGUAUCAAUUCUGAAGUCCAGGGGCUUCUGACAGACGUUGACGGAGACGAUAGCGAUAGCGAUAGCAUAGCGUGGAUUGGCCUCAAAAGAUCUAAAUCAUGGUAUUGGUCAGGACCCUCAGAACCCGAAGAGGAAUACACGUUCACAAACUGGCAAAAUGGACAACCUGACAACGUGAACGGGGAAAACAGUUGUGGUGCCGUCGCAUUGACAGAUGGAACCUGGACGGAUGAGCCCUGCAACGCGACAUACCCUUUCUUCUGCUAUGGAAUUUACAAAGCACAGAAAAAAGUUGUGAGGAUGAAGAUCGAGACCAGCGCAAACAUGGAAGAUCCAGCCUGCAAUGCCGAAAUGCUGCGGCAGUUGCGUGCAACACUCACUAAUCAGGGAAUGACUGACUUCAAACUGACCUGGAAGAAACUGCCAGAGAAGCAGACACAAGAGAACAGUGACAUAAAAGAUCCUUGUUGACGCUGUGAGAGCAACUCCCAGAAAGAUGCACCACAGCAUCAUUCACACAGAGAAUCUUUACUGUAUGUAGUUCAGUAAGUUACUCUGCAACACAUCAAAUAUAUUCAUGUUUGUGCCAUUUUAAGUUAAAGACUGGAAUCAGUAAGCCUUGCCAUAUACAUGUUUUUGUGUGUUAGUGUUGCAUCUGUGUGUAAAGAUGCAGAUUUAGUGAUUUCAGUUCAUUUCUAUUAGAAGGCAGUGUGUUUGACCAACUCAGUCUCACAGGAAGGCAUAAAUAGCAUGACAUUACACGGACUUACUAUGUGUCAUGACGAUGCAUUUUAGACUUUUUGUGUGUCAUUUUUACGCCAUGAAACAAAGCUACGCUAACGUCUGCAGUUUUUAAUAUGUGACAAAAAUACAAUUUGAGUUUUAACACUGCAAUACAUUUUCCAAACAGAAGAUAUUGGACCAUUCUGCAAAAAUCGCAGAUUACGAUCAAUUCGUUUGAUUAUUUCUACAAAUCCAUUCAUGAAAACUACAUUAUUGUGAAGGUUAGGGAAAUAAAACGUAGAAAAAGAUUGUUGUCCUGCAUUGGCACUGACCCAGGGAUAUUGGUGUAUUGAUAUUGCAUUUCCAUUUACCACUUGGUAAAGCAGCUCAUUCACGGUCACCCUGCAUGCCUUUGCAGUAAUGGACUAACCCCAAAACAAAAGAAGAAUAAAUCGCUAACGUGCAAUGUUUCAUUUGCAAAAUGCAAAGUUUAUGAUUUUUGGUAAUAUUAUGGUUAAGGUGUUAUAUUUAAGGCUUUUAUUAGGCUAAUCCCUGUUUGUAUUGUCUACUGAGUGAAGUGCUUUAUUUGCCUAUAAACUCCCCCUUUAUAGAAUAUUUAUUCUUUUUUGACUUGUUGUGUUUUUCGGUUGUGUAGUAAAUAAACAUUUACAAUUAA